CCAUGCCUGCCAUUUAGUGCUCCUGCUAGAAUUUCAUUGAUAUUCUUUGCCACCACGGACCAGGUUGAUUUCCUCGUCUUCAUCACUUCAACCAAAACCCUAAGCCCCUCUUUCCAGCCGCCUCCGCACGAUUCCCAGAGAAUAACGUCAACCCGUCUUCUCGCCGGCAGCGAAUUACCCUUCCCUUUUCCGGAUCACCCUCUAUGGAGGAUGUCUGCGAAGGCAAAGACUUCUCUUUCCCUAGGCAGGAGGAGCAGAUCAUACUCUUUUGGGAUACUAUCCAGGCCUUCAAAACGCAGUUGGAGCGCUCAGCGCAUCUCCCGGAGUACGUCUUCUAUGACGGCCCUCCUUUUGCCACAGGACUUCCUCACUAUGGCCACAUUUUGGCCGGCACCAUCAAGGACGUUGUCACCCGCUACCAGUCUAUGAAAGGCAACCAUGUCACGCGUCGAUUUGGUUGGGACUGCCAUGGACUCCCCGUGGAGUACGAGAUCGACAAGAAGCUCGGUAUUAAGAGCCGCGACGACAUUUUGGCCAUGGGGAUCGACCGCUACAACGAGGAGUGCCGCAGCAUCGUCACUAAGUAUGUGAAGGAGUGGGAGGAGGUCAUCACUAGGACGGGAAGAUGGAUCGAUUUCAGAAAUGAUUACAAGACAAUGGACCCCCAGUUCAUGGAGGUAAUUUGGUGGGUCUUCGCGCAGCUGUACGAGAAGGGCCUCGUCUAUCGUGGUUUCAAGGUCAUGCCUUACAGCACGGGUUGCAAGACGCCUCUUUCGAAUUUUGAAACUGGACUAAAUUAUAAGAAUGUUGCAGAUCCUGCAAUCAUGGUGUCUUUUCCCAUCAUAGGUAAUCCAGAAAACACUGCCUUAGUGGCAUGGACGACAACUCCAUGGACGCUUCCAAGCAAUCUUGCUCUCUGUGUUAAUGCCAAUCUCGUAUAUGUCAAGGUUAGAGACAAGCUGACGGGUGCUAUUUUUAUAGUAGCAGAAUCUAGGUUGUCUGAGCUUCCUAGCAAGAAAAUUAAAACAGAUGGAUUGGUUGAUUCAAUGCAAAAGCUGUCAGUUUCUAACACGGAGAGUAAAGUUAUCAUGGCUGAUAAAUUUCAACACAAAAAAGAUAGUGGUUCCUACGAGUUGUUGGAGAAAUUAUCAGGAUCUUCGCUUGUGGGAAUCAAAUAUAAGCCAGCAUUUGACUAUUUCCUAGAGUUGUCAGAGGUGGCAUUUACUGUAGUUGCUGACAAUUACGUAACUGAUGAUAGUGGUACUGGGGUUGUUCAUUGUGCUCCUGCAUUUGGUGAAGAUGAUUAUAGGGUCUGUAUAGCCGCUGGUAUAAUCCAAAAGGAUGAAGACCUAAUUGUUGCGGUUGAUAGCGAUGGACGCUUUACUGAGAAAAUAUAUGAUUUUAAAGGCCGGUACGUCAAGGAUGCUGAUAAGGACAUUAUAAAUGCGUUGAAGGCAAAAGACAGACUUGUAAACGUUGGAAAUAUCACACAUUCUUAUCCUUUUUGUUGGAGGUCUGACACUCCUCUUAUUUACAGAGCUGUCCCAAGCUGGUUCGUUGCCGUGGAAAAGAUUAAAGAUCAAUUACUGGAGUGUAACAAACAAACAUACUGGGUUCCUGAGUAUGUCAAGGAGAAAAGAUUUCACAACUGGCUUGAGAAUGCACGUGAUUGGGCUGUCAGUCGAAGUCGUUUUUGGGGCACUCCUCUUCCUAUAUGGGUUAGCAAGGAUGGAGUUGAAAAAGUUGUCAUAGAUUCCAUUGCUAAACUUGAAAAGUUGUCUGGUAUCAAGGUAACUGAUUUACAUCGCCACCAUAUUGACCAUAUUACUAUUCCUUCUGGGAGAGGUCCUGAGUUUGGUGUGCUGCACCGUGUUGAUGAUGUAUUUGACUGCUGGUUUGAGAGUGGAUCUAUGCCGUAUGCUUAUAUUCACUACCCAUUUGAGAAUGUUGAGCUUUUUGAAAAGAACUUCCCGGGUCAUUUUGUUGCGGAGGGCAUCGACCAAACUCGUGGAUGGUUUUAUACUCUUAUGGUGCUUUCAACUGCCUUGUUUGGGAAACCUGCUUUUAGGAAUCUCAUCUGUAGUGGUCUUGUGCUUGCAAAGGAUGGAAAAAAGAUGAGUAAAAGUCUGCGGAACUAUCCUUCACCUAUGGACGUCAUUGGUGACUAUGGUGCAGAUGCUUUGCGGUUAUACCUCAUUAACUCGCCUGUUGUGCGUGCAGAAUCAUUGAAUUUCAAAAAGGAAGGUGUAUAUGCUGUUGUGAAAGAUGUCUUCCUUCCAUGGUAUAAUGCGUAUAGAUUCCUUAUCCAAAAUGCAAAGAGACUUGAAGUUGAAGGCUUUGCUCCUUUUACACCUAUCGCUCGUGCAAUUCUUCAGAAAUCUUCAAAUGUUCUUGACCAAUGGAUCAAUUCUGCUACUGAAAGUCUGGUUCAUUUUGUAUGCCGUGAAAUGGAUGCUUAUAGACUGUAUACGGUGGUACCAUAUCUUUUUAAGUUUAUUGACAACCUUACCAACAUAUAUGUUAGAUUCAACCGUAAGAGACUAAAGGGGCGUACAGGAGAAGAUGACUGCAGGAUAUCACUUUCAACCCUUUACCAUGUACUUUUGACAACAUGCAUGGCAAUGGCUCCAUUUACGCCUUUCUUCACUGAAACUCUUUUCCAAAACUUGCGGAAGGUUUCCAAUGUAUUGGAGGAAAGCAUUCAUUACUGUAGUUUCCCUUCUGCCAGUGGAAAGAGAGAUGAGCGCAUUGAGCAAAGUGUUACAAGGAUGAUGAUCAUCAUUGAUCUUGCACGGAACAUCCGCGAAAGGAAUAACAAACCUCUUAAAACUCCACUAAGAGAGAUGGUUGUUGUUCAUCCUGAUGGUGAAUUUCUUGAAGACAUUACUGUCAAACUUAAAGAGUAUGUACUUGAAGAGCUGAAUGUAAAAGCAAUCCUUCCUUGCAAUGAUACAUUAAAGUAUACAUCUUUAAGGGCCGAACCAGACUACAGUGUCUUAGGUGUCCGACUGGGGAAAGCUAUGGGAGUUGUUGCAAAGGAGGUCAAGGCUAUGAGGCAGGCUGAUAUUUUAGCUUUUGAAAGUUCUGGAGAAGCUACAUUUUCGGGGCACUGUUUAAAAUUUAAUGAAAUUAAGGUUCUGCGGGAAUUCCAGAGACCUGCCAACAUUUCAAAGAAAGAAAUGGAUGCGGCCGGGGAUGGUGAUGUCCUUGUGAUAUUGGAUCUACGUGCUGAUGAAUCCUUGUUUGAGGCUGGUAUCGCACGCGAGGUAAUUAAUAGGAUCCAAAAACUAAGAAAAAAAGCUGGAUUAGAGCCCACUGAUUUUGUGGAGGUUUUCUACGAGUCAUUGGAUGAGGACAAAAAUGCUUUAGAGAGCAUUGUGAAGUCACAGGACCAAUACAUGAGAUUGACACUUGGUUCACCUUUGCUUCAUCACACUAUGAUUUCAAAGGAUACUGUUAUUUUCUGCCGUGAGGAGGUUCAUGGAGUUUCGGGUUUUUCAUUUGCUAUUACCAUCACGAGGCCUACCCUGGUGUUUGUUUUUGAAGCCAUUGCCAAAUUAUUUUAUGGAAAUAACAAGUUCGCUGAAGCUUUAUGCACUUAUCUGCUAUCUAGGGACCAUUCCAAGUUAAGAUCAGAGUUUCAGGCUGGAAAGGGCAAGAUCACAAUUGAAUGCUUAGAAAAUCUGCCUGCGGUCGAAGUGGAAUUAGGAAAACAUUUAUUUUUAAGCAUUGGAGAUUAUUACUUGAGCAGAACAGUGUAGGAGAAGAGAGUGUAUUAUUAUACAGCCAAAGAAGCUUCAACACAUUAUUUACAGGCAGCCGAAAUGAAGAGCAAAGCUCUUCCCAAUGGGGAUAUCGUGUUGGAUGUAUUUUUUUUUUGUUCCAGAUAUUUAUCUUUUUUAUUCUUCUUCCGCUCAUCUCUGUAACAUCUCUGAGGUUAUUAUAUCCAUCAUUUCCAUUAAAUUCAACAAAUGUAGAAGAGGUAUUUAUGGCUGGAUUGCCCAUAAUUAAAAGAGAUUGCUUGAUUCAUAAGAGCACCAAAAUAUUUAUGAUC